AUGAAAGACUGGCCUCCGGGCGCUGUCUCCUACCUCGUCGUCAUUCUGUGCCUACUCACAAGUUUCAUUAACGCUGGUCCUGUUCACAAGAGCCUCACUUCAGUUGUCUCCAGUCUGCCAUCAACCGCCUCUUUCCAUACAGGAUACCCUGUGCCAACUCUCAUCGCUGAGCCCGCUGGUCCACUCAAGAAUAUCUUGCUCAAGUCUCCAGAACUCAUCGCUGAACGUGACCUAGACGGUUUGGCUGAUCUCGCACCGGACCUUUCCCAGAGAGACUCAGACGAAGGACUACAUGAUUACGCUUUGGUCUGCGACAACAAGAAAGCGACAGACAUCUGUGCUAAGGCUCCUCUGAGCUAUAGCUGCAACUCCAAUGGCAAAGUCACUUUCACGGACCCCGAACUGUUCUGCUCUGUGGCUUGCGAAUGUAUCAAUCUCAAACCAGCUCAACGCUGCAUCAUCCAGCCGCAGGUGGUCACUUGUGUCACCAGGAAUGGCGUCGUCUACAAGGACGAUGGUCAGAAGAUCGGACUUGUAACUGAAGCUUUGGUUCAUGCCAAUGGUACGCUGGACUUCUCUCACGCCCUGUCCAAGCGAGAUGACGGCGUGGUACAUAAUUUUGCCCUGGUAUGCAAGGACAAGUCCAGCACCUCGCUCUGCUCGAAGAAGCCCUUUGAGUACUACUGCAAAGACUCCGGCGCAGUCGCGAGGAAAGGCAAGUAUGUGAAAUUCUGCGGCUACGCUUGCGAAUGUGUCAACCUCGCUCCACGCCGUUGCGUUGACCGACUUUUUGAGGUCGCAUGCAAAGUCCUGGGCGGCCUUGCUCUUGCGGGUAAUGGUACUGUUCUUGGCCGCGUCGAAGAUGCCCAAGUUUUCCCUAAUGGUACCUUGGACUUCUCUCACGCGAGUGCUAAGCAGGAAACGAGCAAAGUUCCUGACCCGGUAGGCAACGCCCUCGAGUCCGUUCCUGCAACUGCAAAGCGUGAUUCUUUAGCGGCGGCACACUCUUAUGCACUGGUCUGUGGGCAGAACCAGGCCUGGACCAACCUUUGCCUGAAGCACGCUUAUGGAUACUAUUGCACCUCGAAUGGUGCGUUGCGCAAUUCUGGCAAAGAAGUCACGCUCUGCGAGCAGACCUGUGAAUGCGUUGACUUGAAUCCGAAGCCUAAGUGCAUACUCAGCCCGUUCCUCGGUGUCACUUGUUCUGUCAAUGGCGAUAUGGUAUACGAUGAUGAGGGCCAGCCUCUUGGUAACGUUUCAGACGCCGUGGUUCAUCCCAAUGGCACCAUUGAUUUCACCGCUUCAACAAUCGUCACCAGAGAAGCAGACGACACCUCUGACAAUUGGGCCCUGUUAUGUUACAAUCCGCAUCAUACUCGGACUUGCCAUGGCUCGUCUUUCGGUUACUCCUGCGCCAACCAGAACAUGACUUUCACGAGCCAUGAUUCAGUCUGUAGUGAGAUCUGCCAAUGUUCAAACAUCAAGUCAAUGUACCGAUGCAUCACCCGAAGCAGCAAACAUACCGGCUGCCAUAUUGACGAUAACAAUGCUUACGAGGUCAAUGGACCACUCAUUGGAGAUGUUCUUGGGCGCCUUGCUGAUGCAAUCAUCCAUCCGGAUGCCACCAUCGACUUUUCUGGAAACAAUGGCGCUACAAAUGCUCCAAAGAUCCCAUCGGACACGAUCGUCCAGGACGUGGAGAUCGAGGAUAUUUCCCCAGCACUGCCAAAGCGAGACGAGGAUGUCAGCAUGGACCAUUGGGUUCUCUGGUGCUCGAACCGACAGCAUACCUUGACCUGCGGGUCGGCGCCGAUCAGUUACCGCUGCCAUCAAGCUCUUAUUGUACACGAUCAUGACGAAGCCGAUUGGGUCUGCGAUAAGAUCUGCCACUGCAUCGAUCAAUAUCCAACCCAGCAAUGCAUUCCUACCAAAGGCUAUGUCGCUCUUUGUCCCAUGCAGGGCAACGUCGUUCUCCAUCCCAACGGAACAAUCCUCGGCAAUCUGUCAGAUGCCUACAUCCAUCCAAAUGGCACAUUGGACUUCACUCGGCUUCCAGCGAAGCACGAUGUCUCACCACGCCUCUUGGGGCUUCUGCAUAUGCACUGCGUGACAGCUGGUGGACACCAAGACGAUUUGUUGACCCAACACUGCAGUGAACACGGGUAUUCGUGCGUCGCGGAUCCAGAAGGUCUCCUCUCCCAUCUGCAGCAUGACUCUCAAGUUUUGAAACAGUGCUCCGACAAUUGUCGCUGUCCGCGACCGUUUGUUCAUGAACCCAAGAUGUCUAUUGAAGACCGGUCGGCGUCACUGAAGCACUUCAAAGUCGAGAACGACAUUGUCCAGUUGAACAUCAGUGCUCCCGCCAGCGGCAUACCACACAAUCAAUCUUCCGACACCUACCAGCUCGACUGUGGCCAUCUCCCAGAAGGACCAAGCUUUUGCUCGACCGCUGACAUGGGUUACUUCUGUCGAGCCAACGCCACGGUGGUGAGAUCUUCUACUGAGCGAAGCCCAGGCGUUACCUGGUGCGACUUCUACUGCAAAUGCAUCUUUCGCCAUCCAAUCCCUUGCCUGAACGAAUGGAACAUCCCUUUCUGCCAGGAAAUGAUCGACGGCAGUAUUCGUGACGCUUCGAAUCUCUCCACUGUCAUCGGAACCAUCGACAAUUCAUGGGUCAUGCCGAACGGGACUCUGUUGAUAGAUCGUGGCACCCCUUAUGUGGUACAGAGCUACGUCAACAUCACCCAGGUUGAGCCACCAUCGACCUGA